AUGGCACCUAAUGGCCAUGUGCCGGCGUCUGCGCGGGCGUCCGCGCGCUCGACGAGAACGCGGCAUGGGGCACGUGCGCGGGAAGCAGUAAGCGCCAGAUUGCUGCAGCAGUACCAAUCCUGUUGGAAGUGUCUUUUGCGAUGCUUCUGCAUUUCUCCGAAGAGUGUUUCGAGCGCUUCACUGCAGUUUGACUCUGCACAAGCGCAACAAGAUGCCAUCGUGAGCACCCUGGCACGACUGAGCGUGGAGACCGUGCAGUCCGCUCCGAGCUUAUCUGCUUAUCGCAGAGGCUUGAACGUCUUGAGCAAUCAAACCUCGGAAGAUGACCUCUACGCUUGGCCAGACGUCGAGCAAGGCGCAGCUGGCGAAGCUGCAGCGCCCAAUGUGGUGCGACAGGAGCUCCAGCCGCCGGAGGGAUUGCCACAGCUCCCUGCGACAAUGCUGUUAGACUUGGCAGUAGCUGCAGCACACUUUGCCCGGCUGUCACUGGCAGCCUACAACAAAGGGCUCUAUGGUGUCGUGAUGCCCACGAGAGCUUUCUUUACCCGGGCGUGCUGCCUCAUCUCUCGAUCUGCUGCAUUUGAGGAGUUGAGCGGUGUGGCUCAGGAGGACAUCUUAGAGGCGGCCCUGGUCGCCGAAGCCUUUCAGCCCGUCUACUGGGUCCUCCGCGAUCGCAAGACUGGCUGCCUGGUGGUGACCAUCAGGGGAACCUUCAGUAUGUCGGACAUCAUCUCGGAUGUGUAUGCUAGCCAGACGGAAUACCGAAACCAUGUGAUCCAUGAAGGAACACUGCACAGUGCUCGAUGGAUCUACGAGAAGGUUCUUCCACUACUCAGACGAGAAUCAGGGGACGGUCGGCGUGUCAUCCUCACGGGGCACUCCUUGGGUGGUGCGGUGGCAGCGGUCUUGGCCUGGCUGCUCCGAGAAGACGCCCAGCUGGAUACCUUGGGUUUCGUUUUCGGGGUCCCGCAGGUGGUUGACGAGUCCUUGGCCACGAAAAUGCAGAGAUAUGUGGUGGGUAUCAUCCAUGGCUAUGACAUGGUGCCACAACUCUCCACGAAGUCUUUGCAGGAUUUUCAACAACAGAUCGCUGAUGCAGCCAAAACGCCAGAAGAGCGCCUCGCAAGUUUGGAGGAUGUGCUGCAGGAGUUUGCACUACCUGUGAGCCCUCGGCAGUUGCACCAGGCCUUGCUGAGACAGGAGAACGUCCUGCCACGCCUUCAUUCACCACAGGCGAGUGAGUAUGAAGAUGCCAUUGGAGAUGUGGGUCAGCUGCCACCGAUUGUCAUGGGCAAUCCUGGAUACCAACUGCAUUUGCGGCGGAGGGCAUUGAACCGACGAUGGGACCGGAUGCCGAUCAUUUGGAAGCGUUCCAUGAAGCAUUUCCUCAUCGCGGUGUCCAGUGCAAGAGCUCAGCGCAGGAUACAGCCAGCUUGGACGAUGUGGCAAGAUCACUGGCCACAGUCAUACUUGUAUUGUUUGGAGGCUCUCGCCGAGCGCUUGGCCGAUGGGGGAGCUGAGACCGAGGACGAGUGGGAGGACCAGUUGGAGUACGCCAUCGCAUUUCAUCUCAUCGGUGCCCACAGGUUAGAGAACUACUUGAUGAAAUCAGAGCCACUUUGCAGAGCAGAAGCUAGAGCACGGACAGUGGACGUUCGAUGCUCCCGGCGGCUCCUCUUCGGCAGUCCAGAGGACCAGGUACAUCAGUUGUUCCUGGAAUUGCUCAAGGUCAAUAUGAUGUUCUCCAAUGCAAAUGGCUCUUUGCGUUGCGGGAACGACAAAGAAAUGCUUGCAUUCAGCAUGCUGAACAUGUCCAAACGUGUUCUUUGCCAUCGCCCGAUCAGUCACUCCAAGUCCAUGCCGGAUGACGUCUUAGCCUGGAAUGCUCUCGGAACCACCGUGGAGAACUUGAAGUCCAAUCUGGAACACUGGAUUCGGGAGGAACGUCUUCGCGCCCUGGAGCGACAGACGGACGCCGAAGUGGCUUCCACGCAGGCAGCAGGUGAUGAAAGAUGCGCCACGAAGGAAGUCUGGGCAAAGCAAAGCCAGUCCAAAUAUCGGUUUGAUGUGAGUAAGUGGGCCAUAAAUAAUUGACAUAAUGUUGCCAUGUUUUAAAACUUGUGUGUUGAAUCACCUAUGCCGCCAAAACAAGCCUUCAGUGUGUUUGGUUGGCCAGGGUUGAUGUGAGGUUGGCUCCUCAAAAUAUGGUGAUUUGAUGUGAUUGUAUUACGUGUGGAGGAUUUGAUGUUGUGAGGUCCGUGUCUCCUCGAGGAGGAUCUUCUUGUUUUUUGGUCCGUCAAGUCAGGUGCACAACUGCAGGGCCAGAAAAACUGGGCCUUGAUUUUGAAAGCCUUGAUUCAUAAAAGGUCUUUCUUUGGAAUUUUGUUGGGUCAGGUGGUCCAUGCUUUGAACGCGACUCUCAAGCGGACGGCUGAGGGCAGCUGGGAGCAGAGACUCUCCAGCUUGCUGCGAGAGGUGCAGUCAGUGCAGAAGGACUUUGCAGAGGUGAAAGAUUUGCUUCGAAGUGCAGAUUCUGACUUGGCGGAGGAGCUUCUGCCGAAGGAAGAGGACCUGGUGAGUUUGGUGACCAAAUUCCUGGAGCAGAUGGCGUCCAAGAAAGAGAAAUCCAAGUCAGAGUCCGAAGAGGAGAAAGAAGAGAAGAAGGGCAAAGGCAAGAAGGACAAAGAUCAGAAAAAGAACAAGGGGGAGAAGGAAGAAGAGAAAGAAGAGAAGGUUGAGAAGGACCAGAGCAAAGGGCCUCGCAAAGGGUCGGCCAAGAAGCAUCGGAAGAAACGCCGGAGGUCCAAAAAGGAUCGGGACGACCUGUCAGGCUCCUACAGCUACUCUCGAAGCCCCUCGCCUCGCAAGCGCCGGCGCCAUCGCCGGCACCGGCGGCACCGUCGACGGUGCAGCGAGUCGUCGUACGACUCGGCGAGCCGCAAAGGUCGGCGGAAGCACCGGAAGGGUCGGCGGAAGGAGCGCCGAAAGGGCUCCGAAGGGAUCGACGUGGACGCUGAAAUCGACCGCUUCGUGAAAGUGAACAAGCUGGAGGAACGGUGCGAGAAGAUCCUUCGGGAUUUAGAGUCCUCUGUGGCCUUGAAAGUCAUGGGCCUGAGCCCUGGAAGCUCGCACACCUUCGAGCUGAGUGGCGACGUGCGUGAUCCCACCGCCGUGGUGCUCGCGCGCGUGCGGAAGGCGCAGUUCGCCAAGGAGAUCCGUCCUGGAGCCCGGCGGCGGCGAAGGCGGUCCAGCUCCAGGAGCUAGUGGUGCCUAGAUUCACUCAGCGGCUCAGAAGACUUCCUGAAGUGAAGAUGGUGAA